UAAAAUCGGUCGUCAUCUCUAAUCCUAAAAUACCCGAUUCGAUUCGAUUGAAUACAAUUUUCCUAGGGUCACCAUCGCCUCCGCUCUUCUAAAGAAGUUUGUUUAUCGAUAUAGGAUGACUUGAGCUUGAUCGAACAAGAAUGGAUUUCGUAAACAAUCUUGAUUCCGACACGUCUCUGUCGAUUCUUUCUUGUCUAGAUGACCCGUCCGAUAUUGUCCGUGCUAGUGCUGUCUCCCGCUCCUGGAGAGAGUUUGUGAUCAAUUACAAUCUCUCCAAGAAUCUAUGCUUGAAGUUGUUCCAUCAGCUAUCUAAUGUGGGUCAUAUAACAGAAACACGUAAUGAUAGAAAUGAAGAGUCCUCUGAAGCCGGGUCAAGCAGCCUUACAGAUACAAGGCUACUUGAAAAAGAGCACCGGGCUUAUGCCUUAUUGACUAGAGGAUGCACAUCCUCCCCUAUCCGAAGCUGUAUUGCUGAUGCCAUUAAAGCUUCUAGUACUGAUAAUUUUCCUGUAGAAAGCAUCUUAAACACACUCGAAGAAGGUGAUCGGUAUGGUGAUACCCCUUCAUACUGGUCGAGUACAGGGCAACACAGAACUUCAGUGCCCGAAACACUUCUUUACAAGUUGAUGGGUGAUGUGUGUGUCAUCACCGAAAUCAAAGUUCAGCCUUUCCAAGCUUUUUUUCAGCGCGGUCAUCCGAUAUACUCCUCACAUUAUGUUCGUUUCCGGUUGGGUCACCACAAAAAUGACAAUUCACCCUGCUACAACAAUUCACAGGAGAAAAAAGGUGAACCAGGAAGGAGUUCAGUUGAAAGCAACUAUGUAUGGACAUACACUUCACAAGAGUUUUCGAUGGCUCAGGAAAACCGGUUGCAGACCUUUGAGCUUCCAGAACCCGUUCUUUGCAUUGGUGGGUAUAUGCUAGUCGAGUUUCUAGGUCGAGUUCAGACACAAGAAAUGGAUGGCCAAUACUAUAUAUGUGUGUCGCAUGUUAAAGUGAUGGGAAGAUCACUAGCACAAUCAUUUCGAGUUGAGAAUGUGGAUGACUGUGGAAAAUUUGGACUAAAGGUUUUGAGUUACAGUGAUCCAAAAACAAUGAUAGAGAUGGAUGCAGAGGAGGAUGAGAUAGAUGCAGAGGAGGUUGAGAUUGAUGCAGAGCUGGCUGAGAUGGGUGCAGAGGAGCAAAGCCCGUUUAGGGGGAUAAGAAACCUUGAACAGCUUUUGAAUUUAUUGCACAGGCACCCUCUCGAUGUCGUCGACUAUGUUUUGCCUGAGUCAGACAACGAAGAUGCUGAAUCAGACGAUGACGUUUAGUUACUGAAUUACUACUUCCAGUUUUUUUUUGUUUUAAAAGAAUCUUUGGGUGCUUUUCAUCUUUUGCGAGCUCUUCUAAAAGCUUCUUCUCGAGCCAUUUUGGCUUGCGUAUUUAUGAUAUCAUCGUUAUUAUAAAACAGUGCAUGUGUUACAGUCUUUAACCGAAAGUUAACAGAACUUUAACAUUUUGGCUC